CAGUCGUUACCGUAAUAUCCAAACCAUGACAACCAAGUCCAACUUCAAGCGGGCUGUGCCCCAGACGCAGCAGUCCGUCCUCGCGUCUUUAAGAACCACGCAGUUGGUCAACGACGAUUCGAAAGCUGUACUACCAGCCGGUAUGAACUCAGUGCUGUGUGGUAUCGUGUGUCUGACUGGAUAGCACAGAGCUCAUCAAUGCCAUCCUCGAUUACCUACCUGUCGCCGAUAUGUUCAGCUUCGCACGCACCUCGAGACGCAUGCGCGAGAUGGUGUACGAUGACACCAGGUGGAUACAAAGACUUAGAAGCAUGGGCUGCUGGAAUGAGGCCGAAGCAAAGCGUAGAUUUGAUGAAUCGAUGCGCAAGAAACUAGAGGCACAAAGAGCAGAGGAGGCCCGUAGAUCUGGCGUUGCGCUCAACGGUAGCACCAACGGGAUGCCCCCAGGUGACGGUAUACCCGGAAAGACAAGCAUGACGCUUUUUGAUGCCACAAUAGAGGAGGACAUGCUGCGGAAGUCGCAAGAACACAGAAAUAGACCACGAUCUACUACAUUGGACAAGGGCUUCAAUGACAUGACCCUGUCAUCUUCCGGAACGUUGGCCCCAAGCUCGUACACUGUGGACCCGCAGGCGGCUGUGAAAGUUCUGUCAAAUGUGCGUUCUAUUAGAGGCAUGGCACGACAAGAGUAUGGGAAGGUCUACGGCGCACUGGCCCCAUUUUAUUAUGACUUGGAGCGGUCAAGAAGCCACACGGAUCCUGUACUCUUUCGGGCUUAUCGCGAUCCCGAACAACAGGCUCAAAUGCUGGCGCAGCUCAAGAUUUUUGCAAAGAGCGAUUACGCACAAGGUUGGAGUCAGCGGGAGGAGAAGCUAGACACCAUGACUGGCAUUUUUGAAAACGCUGUGCUCAGAGAAUUCGAGCAAGGCUAUGCAGAGAAAGACUUCGAUGGACGUAUGAAGAGAUUUGCUACAGUGUUGGUGGCUCUGAACGGAGGCGCGGCAUGUUUAGACUCUUUUAUUCACAACCACCCAUUGAUGUUGGAAAAGGAGAAGCUCGGUGACCCUGCAGAUUGCCUCCGCAACGAGGUUCUGACGCUGGAACCAUCUCAUGAGUUCUUCAGAGGAUUGGCGAGUGCACUCAACGAAGAAGCGGGCAUCAUCGACCGUGUCUUCCCUCCUGCGGUCGACGUACUGCAAACCUUUUUCGAGCGUGUUGCGGACGAUGUCAUUGCCGAAUACAUCACAACUUUGUUCGACGAGGCUCACGAUAUAAGCAUUGAAGCGUAUCUCAAAGCGGUUGCGGGGGUUUAUGAGCAAGCAUUGCAACUAGCAGUUUCCUUGCAUCCUACCAAAGCAUCCAAGCCAGAUUUUGGGGAAGAGGCAAUGCGCAUUGUGUCUCGUUGCUUCGAGCAGCACAUCGACCUUUAUCUACAGGAGGAACUAGAUUAUUUUAAACGAAAAUCGGCUGCAGAGGUCGACCUUUGGGAGAAGCGGCUGAUGGAGGAAGAGCAAAGCACGGAAACUCUGUAUAUGGCGAACGUCAACCGGAAAGCUGUCAAACAGGACUUUUUGUCGUCGUUCAAGAAGGUGGUCAUGAUGCCUGUCAAUGUACUCCCCACUAUUGGCGGGUCGAGUGCUAGCAAGCCCUCCGAAAACAUGUCUGGAGUGAAUGGCAGUACUACUCUGGAGCCGACCUCAAGGAUUGGUACCCCAGCUCCGGGCGAUCGGUCGCCUACACCGCGAAUCGAAGCUCCGACGACCGAGCUUGCCGCCAAAGCAGCAAUCAUGAAUUCUCGGCUGGAAGGCAUCCGAUCGCUUUUUAGCAUUGAGGUGGCUCUGAAUCUGACACACAUGGCUAAGUCUGGAUUAGAACGAGCUGCACGAUUUGUGAGACUUGGUGGUCAGUCUGGUGAAGAGGCAAAGGAGCAAUCUGAGCAGAUCUUCAUCAACCUUGUCCAGAUCCUAGGCAACCGUCAUAUGAAAUUGGGCUUUGAUAAGGCUGUCAGCCAUUUAGCUGACUACAAGCCGCGAGAGGUAGCGGAUCAUAGUAAAGAGGGUGUUGCACCGCUAGUAGCCUUCUUGGAGCUUGUCAACGUUGGCGACUUGAUCCAGCAGAUGGUAGAAGUAUUCUACCUCCAGGAGCUUGUCGCAGCUAACCUCACGGACCGCGACGACUUCCUCAGUCUUGCUGCCAAGGAGAAAAAGCGGUUCGAAGCCAUGUUGGAUGAACGGGUUGCUGCAGGUCUCAACAAGGGUAUUGAUGUGCUAAUGGACGAAGUGGAGUAUCUCUGUGGUACUACUCAACACCCGUCCGACUUCAAUCCCCCUGUUGGACCCAAUGGCCAGGUGCAGAUGUCUGAUAUCGGACCUAGCCAGACGGCUACAAAGAUUGUGGAGGUGGUGUCGUCACAUACAAACAUGCUCAUCGGUAGCACGGACAAGAAUGUCCUGGAUGUUUUCAAUCAAGAAGUGGGUGUGCGCUUGUUCACUGCUCUCUGCAAGCACUUGAAACGCCAGAGAGUUAGUGUGGAUGGCGCUAUCAAACUCAUCAGCGACAUGAACGCUUACAAUGCUUACAUCGUCUCACUACGCAACAAGCCUCUCAUGCAAUACUUCGCCGCGCUUCGCGAACUCUCUCAGAUAUAUCUCAUCGACGCAAAGGAAGCUAAGGAGAUUGCUACGAUUAUCGCAGACACGGAUCGAUAUCAUGGGAUAUUUCGAGCAGAGGAAGUAUACGAGUUUGCAGAACGAAGAGCGGAUUGGUACCAGAUCAAGAGUGCUGUGGAGAAGCAGAUGUACGGAGUGGGGUGUCUGGUCAUGUGAAGAGGUUCAAGAUCGUCCAAAUGACGUCGACUGG